AACAUAUCUUUAUUUAGGGCUGAUAACAGUUAAACCCUCUGUUGUUUUUCUGCAGCUUAUGUGGUAAGAUCCAAAGCCAAUCAUAGCUCCGAAUUAAGCACUGAUGGAGAAAAGUACAAACCCAAGAUACGGUGCAUCAUGGACAAACUGGUGACAGUGGACUUUCUGGUCAAUGACCUGUGUUUUUAUCUGGAGUGUGAGAGGUCAGGACCGUCCAGCAGAGGGCGCUCUACAUGCACUGCGAUAUAAUUAUAAAUGACUGACUGGGGUUUUGUGAGAUUACAGAUUCAGGCGUAUGGCAGACGCUGGCGAUAAGAUGGUAUCAGAGGGUUUGUAUAGCGAGAGCGAUUAUGCCAUGCUUCAUCAUAAAGCUGAGCUGAUCAUCAACAUAUUUCUGACCUCACAGAUUUCACCAAAACUCCUGAUAAACAGCAGUGAGGCCCAAAAAGAAGUCGUCCUGCAGCGUUUUGCCUCUGGAAAAGUGGACCGAACGCUCUUCUAUCAGCCAGUAGUGGACUUGUUUCCAGUUCUCAUCUUCUGUUGGAGAAAGUUUUGCUGUCUGAAGGUGAUGCGGCAUCUUUACCCCAGUAAAGCACUGAUGAUGGUAAAAUCACUGCGCCCCUUAAACCUCCAGCAGGAGUUCCAGAUCAUCAGAUCCACAGAAGGUGAGCAGCUCACCACAGAGAUCAUACACAAGGCAAAAUCUAAACCAUUGGAUCAUGCAACCAAUCACGUUUUAGGUGUGAAUCAAUAA